AUGUCUGAAUCACGUCUUUUCCACCCCAUGAAGAUUGGCACCCUCCAAGUCCAACAUCGGAUUGGCAUGGCUCCUCUUACACGACUCCGCGCAAGCAUCGAUCGUGUUCCCAAUGCUCUCAUGAAAGAAUACUACGGCCAACGCGCCUCAGUCCCAGGAACCCUCCUCCUAUCUGAGGGUACUCUAGUUUCACCUGCCGCCGGUGGAGGAUUUGCCAGAACACCUGGUAUCUGGAAUCAAGAACAAGUCGCUGCCUGGAAGACAAUCACCGACGAAGUCCACAGCAAGGGGAGUUUCAUCUUUGUACAAUUGUUUGCCAUGGGACGUGCUGCAACUAUUGAAGUCGCUGAAGAGGAGGGUGUUGAUAUCAUCGCACCUAGUGCCAUCCCAUUUGAGGGUAGUCCUGCUCAACCACGGGCUAUGACCAAAGAUGAAAUCCAUGAAAUGAUCGAGGCGUUUGUCACGGCUGCGGAGAAUGCGAUACGUGCCGGGUUCGAUGGUGUUGAGAUUCAUGGCGCGAAUGGAUAUCUCCUGGAUCAAUUUCUCCAAGACGUCAGCAACCAGCGCAAUGAUGAGUUUGGCGGUAGUGUCGAAAACAGGUCUCGCAUUGUCUACGAAAUUAUGAAGCAAGUCGUCAAAGCUAUCGGACCCGAUCGUGUCGGACUUCGCCUCAGCCCAUGGAGCACCUUUCAAGGCAUGCGAAUGAAGGAUCCCGUUCCACAAUUCACAGACAUCAUCAGCAAGGCCAGUAGUCUAAACCUAGCCUACCUUCAUCUAGUCGAGUCGCGCAUUUCUGGUAGUCAAGAUGAUCACGACAAUGGCAAGGACAAACUUGACUUUGCGUACGACCUCUGGAAAGGUGCUUUUCUUAUUGCAGGAGGGUACAAGCUUAAGGAUGCCAAAAGGCUCGUUGACCAUGAACAUCCUGACAGCAAUAUCAUGGUUAUGUUUGGAAGGGACUUUGUGUCGAACCCGGACUUGGUUUACAGGAUUAAGGAAGGCCUUGAUCUCAAUCCGUAUGAGCGCCAGACUUUCUAUACUAGCGAUAUAGUAGGAUAUGUGGAUUAUCCAUUUGUAACUAAGGAGCGUGCUCAUACUUAG